AUGCGAUUGUGCACUGCCAAGUACGAGGUGUACAUGAAACGAUUCUUCUACUGGCUCGGACUCUCCAUCGGCCGCCAUCCCAAACGAUAUAUUGUCGUUCUUCUCAUGAUCACCGCCAUUUCGUGCCUUGGAUUUUUGAGGUUUCAUCAGGUUCGUAAGCUUAAUAUGUAAUGUUUUGUGAAGGAUUACUGUAGGUCUGUUCGUCAUACCAGAUUAUCUCUGUAGCCUUCAUUCAUUCAUUCAUUCCUUUUACACUCUGUAAUCAAUGUAGCCUAUGUAGCGCUCAUAGCCAACGACCUUCCCCACUGCGCCAUUCGGUACCAAUCUGUCGGCCAGGGUUCGAAUCCCAUCGAGUACAAAACUGUUGCAAACAAUUUUUGCUAAGCUAUCAAUAGUUUCUGGGCAUGAAUUGAGACGUUUAGAGCAAAUUCAGCCCGUAAAAUCGGACAUAACAUUUUGGCAAUGUUUCAGAUCAAUAACGCACGCGUCACGUACACCGCUCACGAUUCGCCGAGCCAUCGCGAGGGCGCAAUGUUUUUCGAGUUUUUGCGACAGAACGGCACUCUUCACAUGAUCGAGGUGAGAAGUGAGAAGUGACGGACACUACAAUAGUUACACAAUAUAUCAUGAACACACACACACCCAAACAAGAUACAUACAAUAUCGUUGCGGAGAGAUUCGCGCAAAAGUGUCACGUCAUUAGACGAUCAAAAAACUUGGAAUCCCAUCAAAUACCAACGUUCUGUUUGCAGGUCCUAAUAAAAAGUGAAGACGGUGGGAACCUGCUCCGUCGCGGGCACCUUCGUCAAUUGUCCGAAAUGACAAGAGAGAUCACGAACGGGCUGAGUGUGGUGGAGGAGAAUGACCGUGACGGAACAAUUAGACGGUACACGGACAUGUGCGAACCGUACUGCGAGAAGAACGACGCAUUUUACGCGCUUAUGGACAUUUUCGACACUAAUUCGACAACUUUUGAGGUGAUCCGUGGGGGUUGAAACAAAAUAGAGAGUGAAUUGGAACGGAUUCUUUGAAUGCGUCUCUGAGGGUUCUAGACUUUGCUUUGAUAGUAGAAUCAACCCUCGGAUCUUGGAAUUGGAAGUCACAAAUAUCUAAAGCCUAAACGUCCAGAUCACGUACCCCACAACUACAAUUCUGGGCCAUGAAAUGCUGCUAGCCAACAAUUUGUACGGCGUGACGACCGACCCGGAAACCCACCAAAUCCAGUCGUUCAAAUCCGUCGUGCUCCGCUUCUACCUCACACAUCCCACACUGAAGCCGAUGAUUGAUUUCGAGGACCGAGUGGUCGAGCUGCUUUACGAGUCGAACAAGUAUCCGCUGCUAAACGCACAAGCGGGCAGCGAUAAUAUUGUGGCGAAGGAGGUGAAAAAGUUGGGCACCUCUACCGCGCCGUACUUGGGAUUGUCACUGGUGUUGCUCUGCGCGUUUCUCACGAUUUGUUCGUUGAGGUGAGUUGAGUUGAGUUGAAAAUGGAUAAAAAACAAAACUGAGAAAGCUGAGGCAUUUUGAGGGUCGUCGUUCAAGUGAACAACCACAUUACAUACAACAUAUUUUUAAAAUAAACUUCGAAGUGGAGCAUUCACUUUCCCAAAAUCCCGAAUUACGAAAAAAAAAUUCCAUUUUUUUGCAAGAAAAGUUUAUGGUACCGAGCUUUCAAAAUUCAGACAAAAUUCAGAAAUUCAGAAAAAAUCAUCAGCCACUUUUUGUGAAAAACCGAAAAUGGGAAGUUUUGGAUUUUUCGCAUUUCAUUUGAAAAAUAGAUCUUUCUGUAGCUCGCAAACUUUAAUUAAGACUCAGAAAAAUGAUUGAGCGAUCUCUUUCUAUUGACUUUUCAGCGCGCAAACCGAAGAUUUAGCGAAAGACCCGGAAAAACAACAAAAGAAAGUUUCAGAUUAUCGAUUUUUUUGGCGUCACGGCACAGAAAAAAACAUAAAUUUUUUUUAAUAUUGCAAAUUAGUGUGUUCAGUGAAAAAACAAUUGAAAAUUUGAGAAAUUUUCACGAAAACGGAAAAAAUCGGAAGAAAAGGGGGAAUUCCAUUCGGGGACUAGAAAAAUCUAGGCCAGCUCUUCCAUUUCGCCGUGUACUGAAAAAAAUCUUAAAAAUCGGGGAAUUUUUUUCGUAAUUCGGGAUUUUGGGGAAGCGAAUCCCUCACUUCGAAGAAGUUUAUUUAAAAAAUAUGUUGUAUUAAAAAUAUAUGUAUUUGCAGACAUCGUCGCUCUAAAAAAAAUAUAUGUAUUUGCAGAUAUCGUCGCUCGGAAUCGAAGCCCGUCGAGGCGUGUCUCGGCGCGGUGAUCCCCGUGCUGUCGGGCGUGACGACAAUCGGAAUGGUGUCGGCGACAGGCGUCGCGUUCCAAAGCAUCAUCGUCUCGACGCUGUUCCUCGUGCUCGCCAUCGGAAUCGACGACGUCUUCAUCAUUUUGUCGGCGUGGCACCGUUCCGACCGCCGGCUCGACGUUCCGCAUCGCGUCGCGCUCACUCUUCAAGACGCUGGCUGUUCGAUGACUGUCACCACCGUCACCAAUCUCGUCUCGUUUGGAAACGGCGUGCUGUCCACGACGCCCGUCUUACAGGUCUCUUCUUUGUUUUGAUGGGGCAAUCAUUGAACAAUUUCUAAACUUUUUGUGUUACUAGGGACCGGGGCAUUCUCUCAAAAGCGUUGACUGAUUUUCAGACGUUCGCAAUCUACUCAUCAGUGGCCAGUGUCGUCUGCUACAUCUACCAACUCCUCAUCUUCCCGGCCAUCAUUGCUCUGACGGCUCCCAAAGAGUAUUCCGGAAGUCUGGACGACGACACGAACGGGCAGAACUAUUAUGAACUCGUCAAGUCUCUCUCCGCCUGGGCCGACCGUCAAUGGCAUUGUUUGGCGGCGGUGAUCGGCAGUUAUUGGAUGCGGAUCAUGACGAUUUCGAUAUUGUUGGGCUAUUGGUACCUGUCCGCUUCCGGCAUCGUUUCCAUGGAAACCGACUUGUCGAUACAGAAAAUGGCGAACAAGGAGGCGCGAAUUGUGAAAUUCAAAAACGAGGCGGAUGAGGUGCUGAAGGAGAUGCAAUCGGUGGCCGUGUUGGUCAAAAAUCCGGCGGAUCUCCGGGUGCCCGCCAAUUUGGAGUCUUUGAAGAGUCUCAUCCACGAUUUCGAGGGCUCAUUGCACAGUUUCGGAAGCGAAUCGACCAUUUGCUGGCUGCGACCCUAUUUGGACUUUUUGGCGUUCUACGAGGAGGAGCAGGUACGUUUCUUUAAAAAGUUUUGUAAAGUGUCCGAACGUCUCAAGUUUUGCAGGAGUCGGAAGACGCGUCAACCGCUCCGAACUUCACCUACUCGGACCUCUCGCAAUUCCUCAAAUCCUCAAGUCCGCAAUACAAACCGAUGCUCCGCUACAACGCGCUCGCCUGCGAUCAAAACCGGCCCGAAUGCCUCACGAGCUUCGUGUUCACCACCGGAUUCACGUCGGUCGUCAAGUACAACGACAUGUACCCGGUGUUGCGGGAGUGGAGGCGAAUCGCGAAACGGUAUCCGGCGCUCGACGUCUACGCCUACACGGAACGCAGCAAUUUUGUGGAUCAGACGAACGCGAUGGUGGCGAACAUUUGGCAGACGGUCGUCUCCGAGGUGCUCUGCAUGGCGCUCACCUUCAUUUUCUUCGUUCCCGACCUCGUCUCGAUUUUCGCCGCCGUCUUCUCGUUGCUCUCCGUCAAUUUGGGCGUUUUCGGCUUUCUGUCCCUUUGGGGCGUCGGCAUGGAUCCGGUCUCGACGGCUUCGCUUCUCAUGUCCAUCGGAUUCUCGGUCGAUAUUAGUGCUCACAUCAGUUAUCACUAUUAUCAAGUUGAUGAGCCGGUCAGUUGCGAAACGUCCUAGUAGACAUAUUUGAAAACACUUUAUUAGUUGCGAAACGUCGUUUGGUUGCAAAAUGUGUACUAACUGUUCCAUCAAGACGAUGUAUCUCAGCUGUUUGUUGAGAUAUCAAAAAGCUGUCAACAGAUAAAUUGUGUAAAAAGUCUUCCUGCACAAUUUAUCAGUUGACAACUUUUUGCUAUCUCAACAAGCAGCCGAGAUAUACUAUCUAGGCUCUUCAAAAUUACAAAACGUUUUUCCAGACACCCCGUCAAAAACUGGAGCACGCGUACACACACAUCGGCUGGCCGACCCUUCAAGGCGGCCUUUCCACAAUGAUCGCAAUGGUUCCGAUCCUUUUGUGUCCUUCCUACCUCGGAAUGGUUUUUUUCAAAGUCAGUUUCAGAUUCCCUUUUCUCCUCGAUCUACAGUAAUCCGAUCCCCGUUCAGACAGUCGUCUUGGUCUCCACAUUCGGCCUUCUUCACGGAUUGAUCGUUUUGCCAGUGUUUUUGUCGUUGUUCAGCGACAUCGCCGGCCAAAUAACGUUGGUUUUUGCCGUGUUUCGGCCUGAAUAUCCAAAAUUGCAGGAAAUGGAGGCGUCAUGACAGUGUCGAUUUGUCUGAAAACGCAUUGAGAAGCUCACCUCAGACUUCUACCAAAAAUCUGCCUUUGAGGAUAAGCGUCAACAGUUUAGGACCACAAAAGGUUUAA